AUGGAUACAACAAUGUAUUGUAAUAGCAGUAACACAACAACAGAUUAUUUUAAUAGUAAUAAUAAUUUAAUGAAUGAACCAACAUUUCCAAUUCAAUAUUAUUUAAAUAAUCAAACAGAGUAUCCACAAUUUUUUACAGAUGCAUUACAGAGUAUACAAUAUUAUAAAAAAAUUGAAAAAAGUGAAGAAAUUCUAUUAAUGAGUAAAACUGAAAUACAAAGAAUAACAAAUUUAAAUAUAAUACAAAUUGAUCAAUUAUUAUUUUUAAUAUCAAAAAAUUUAUUAUAUAAUGUUUAUAAUAAUAGUAGUAAUAAUAAUAAUAAUAAUAAUAAUAAUAAUAAUAAUAAUAAUAAUAAUUCAAAUAAUUCAAAUAAUUGUAAUAAUAGUAAUCAAAAUAAUAAUCAAAAUAAUAAUCAAAAUAAUAAUAGAAGUAAUAUUAAUUCAAUUGAAUUAAUGACAUCAUUAGAAUUAGAAAAAUUACAAAUUUCAUCAAUAAAACUAUCAACAGGUUGUAAAAUAAUGGAUAAAUGUUUAGGUGGUGGUAUAUCACCUAUUGGUAUAACGGAGAUUGCAGGUGAAUCUGGUUCUGGUAAAACUCAACUAUGUAUUCAAUUAUCAUUACAAGUUCAAUUACCUUUUGAAAUGGGUGGUUUAAAUGGUGCUUGUCUUUACAUCACUACUGAACCACCUUUUCCAACAAAAAGAUUAAAUCAAAUGUAUACUGUAAAAUCUGGUAAAAAUACAAAUAAUAAUACCAAUAAUAAUAAUAAUAAUAAUAAUGGGCAACAACAACAACAACAACAAUAUUAUUCAAAAUUAAGUAAUAGUGGUGUUUCACCAUUAGAUAAUAUAUUUAUUCAAUCAACAACUACAAUAGAUUCUUUAAUGGAUUUAUUAAUAAAUCAAAUCACUGGUUAUCUUGAAAAGAAAACCAUUAGAUUAUUAAUCAUUGAUUCCAUAGCUGCAUUAUUAAGACACGAAUAUGGUAAUGAAAAGAGUGAAAUCAUUGAAAAAACUAAACUUUUAUGGAGUUUAGCUAAUAGAUUAAAAUUAAUAAAUGAACAAUAUGGAAUAACAAUUGUUGUUGUAAAUCAAGUAACAGAUUUCUUUAUUGAUAGUUUUCCAAACAAUGUAAAUACAAAUAAUAAUAAUAAUAAUGAAGAGAAUAAUAUUAAUAAUAAUAAUAAUAAUAAUAAUAAUAAUAAUAAUAAUGAUAAUAAUGAUAAUGAAGGUUUUGUAAAUAGUAAUGGUGAAUUAGUUGUUACAAAUAAUAGACCAUUUAAAAAAAGAAAACAAGAUUCAAAAGUUCCUUCAUUUCAAAAUUCAAAACAACAACAUAUACCGUUUAUUCUAAGUCAACAACAAAAUUUAUUAACAAAUAAUAACUAUAAUAAUAAUCAAAAUAUUGGUGAUGAUAAUGAUAAAGAUGGUGGUGAUGGUGGUACAAACAAUGUACAACAGUCAACCUAUUUUAAUAAUACCACAAGUACGACCAUACCAGCUUUAGGUUUAUCAUGGGCAAAUUUUAUAAAUUCAAGAUUUUUACUACAACGUUCGAAAUCAACAGUUCCCGAUCCAAUAAAUAAUAAUCCAACAAUCUUAAGAAAAUUGAAAAUCAUCCUAUCAUCUUCAUUAAAAAAUCAAACUAUACCAUUCAUAAUUGAUGCUUCUGGUUUCAAAUGUUAUAAAAAUUAA